AGUAAAUAAAAUUGCACAAUAAUUAUAUCGACCGGAAGUGGACGAGCCACGGGACGUGAGAGAGAUGGUUGCAAUGCCGGCCGGAUGCAUCACCCGGUCGUCGUCGGCAGCUCCUGUUGGCUGUUGGCGUGUGGUAGCGGCAUUGCUGAUAAUUAGCUGUUUAUAUAAUCCGCCAGCAGUGGAAGCACAACAGCGACCGAAAAUUAACGAACAUCCUAAGGAUGCGGUGGCGGCCAAAGAUGAACCACUCACCCUGAACUGCAAAGCGACCGGACGACCGCCGCCCGAAUUUAUCUGGUACCAGAAUGGGGUACCGCUUGCCCCAUCUGAUCGACGUGUAGUCCUCCCGGAAGGGUCGCUUUUCUUCCUGAGGGUCACUCAAAAUAAGCGGGAGCAAGAUGCUGGAGUCUAUCACUGCGAGGCCCGCAACUCGGCAGGUGUUGCUGUUAGUGAGAACGCAACGCUACAGAUAGCAGUUCUACGUGACGACUUUCGGCUGGUGCCAAAAGACACGGUAGCCCUCGUCGGUGGCCCCGUCGUACUAAACUGUACACCUCCACGGGGCAUCCCGGAACCAUCAGUGCUCUGGAUCAAGGAUGGCAAAAUUCUAGACAUCAACGGUAAACAUCACUCACUCGUCGAUUCCGGCAGUCUGCUCAUCUCCGAAAUUCAACCGAGCGAUUCGGGCAAAUAUGAAUGUUCCGCCCAAAGUAUGGCCGGUACGAAAACCACUCCACCGGCUUAUCUGAAAGUUCUUGCACCACCAACCAUCGUCAAGAGUCCGCACGAUACGGAGGUACUGGAGGGCGAAGGAUUUGAUCUACCGUGCGGUUUAACCGGUGAUCCGAAACCUAUCGUAACGUGGCGGAAGGAAAGUGGCCGUUUGCCGGAAGGUCGCUCGCGCAAGCUGCUCGACAAUACGCUGCGCAUUGAGGACGCCCGGCAAGAGGACGAGGGCAAGUACUACUGCGAAGGUCACAACGAGGGUGGCAACGUAACGAUAUCGGUGUAUCUGUACGUGUACGAGGCGCCAACGUUUAUGGAAGCUCCGGUAGACGUUAUGAUCCGCGAAGGGGAACCACUUUUGCUGCCCUGCCGGGCAAAAGGGCGACCAGCGGUACGGAUCUUCUGGGAUCGUAUCGAUCGGAAGCAUGUGGACAAUAAUGAUUUGCAUCACCACGAGACAGAACAGAUUGCGGGAGGAGACGGUACCGGAGGAAGGAAGAAGCGAGCCGUCAGUUGGGGCUUCCCGGAAGGAUAUGCUUUUGCACCGGAGAUGGCAUCGUUUGUGGCCAAUGGUAGUGGUGACGGUGGUGCGGGUCGUGGCAAUUGGUCGAUAAAAAUUGAGCCCGUUUCUGAGCGACAAUUGUUACAGCAGUAUCCUGCGCGGGUGUCUGCCUUCCGUGCUGAUUCGAGUGAGAGAAAUCGGUUGCUUCUUCGCAGCCGACGAGACACGCCACAGGAGGGCGAUCAGCAUGCGGAAGGUGUUACUAUGUCACCAGACAGCUCGGUUGGUACUGUGCCCGCCUCUACAGCUCAUCCACACAGCAGUAGUGAUAUCAUUUUCGAAGACAAUGGAAGUCUUUCAUUCAGACAGAUUCUAAAAGGUGACGAGGGUUGGUAUGCUUGUGCGGCCAUUAACGAGGCGGGUAGUAUUGUGAAAAAGAUUCACAUCAAGGUAAUGGCCGAAGGUGAAGCGCCAGGGCGGGAUCCAAUAUUGGAGUACGAACAGCACCGGUGGGUUAAUGAUCAACAGUUUAUCGUACUGAACAACGUGUUCACCGUGUCCGCUACCUCGAUCGGUAUUACCUGGGACGUGACGGAUAGUACGUCCCGGAUGCAGCUUCGUAUGUACUAUCGAGUCGCUUCCAAACCUGUGGACUAUUAUCUAUACAAUUCGACGUUUAGCAGUGUGCUUACUACGAGCAACCUGAAAGAGCUAACCCUGACAGGGCUUCGUCCGUACAGUGAGUAUGAAAUCUUUGCCAGCAUUCCCGAAGGACUUGCUGGAUCUGUGUCGAAUAUUAGGCGUGGUAGAACACUGGAUGGGCCACCAUCUGCCCCACCGGUGGAUGUGCGAGUUGGUGUGAUUAAUACGACGGCUGCGUUUGUACGAUGGUCACCACCACCGGUGCAUCUGCUCAAUGGAGAGCUAACGGGUUAUAAGAUACAAAUCAAGUCAAAUGCCACUAACAAAGUGCUGGGACAGAUGUCGCUCAACUCCACAACGCAAUCGGUCGUCAUCAACAGUCUCACGCCCGGUGCGAUGUACAUUGCUCGUGUUGCUAGUCUUACAGCCGGUGGAAUAGGUCCUUACAGUUCGCCUACACCGUUGCACAUGGAUCCACAAAACAUUGUGAGAUCCGAUCCAACACCAAGCUACUGGACUGCCUCCUGGAUGUCCGGUACUGCAAUAGUCGUGCUUUGCGUUGGACUAAUCAGUGCGGCAAUUUUUGCUAUCUUUUGGACGGUAAGGAAGAAGCAAAGUGUGAAAGCGUCCUAUCCAGGACCAUCCGUUACGACGAUCAUACCAGACAAGCAGCAUACCCUGUGGUUGCAUGGGAAUACACUCGUAAAAGCACCUUCCCAUUCGCUGGAUCCACCCAGCACGUCCGAGUAUGCCGAACUGACCAACAAUACGAUGCAAUCGCAAACGAUGGGCAAGAUGAUGAUGGGAGGAGGAAGUAUUCCACCCGAGCCGUAUGCCACGGUAACGCUUCAGCGUGGUGGCAUGAUGACACUUGGAGGACUUGGAGGUCCUAAUGGUGGUGGUGGAAUGGGACCAACGUUGUCCGAAGAAUCGUGUCUCAAGUGCUCGAAUGGCAAUAGUCCAACGUCGAGCAACGAGUACAAUGCACCGAUGAGGGAACCGAUCAACAUAUCGGAUGUGUUGCCACCUCCACCGGAUCAUCCUUACGGCACAUAUAGACCACCGAACAACAUGACGAUUCGUACGAAUCCAGCUGCACUCUCUCCACAGAUGAUGCGAAAGAACGGAAAUGGAGGAGGUAGUCAAGGCAAUGGACAACCCCGGUGGGACACAUUACCACCACCGAUUCCUAGCUUCCCCCAGAACUGGAUUCGACCACAUCCGCACCAGCAGCAGCAGCAGCAACAACAGCAUCACCAUCAUCCCGAUAUGUACAACAAUGUAAACACGACAGAAAAUGACUACGAAAGUGGAUCUGUACUGUACGAACAGUGUUACAGGACUGGGCCACCAUCCAGUGGGGGUGCUAGUGUUGGUGGAGGAAGUGCCAUGACCGAUCCGAUGUUGAUCGGUGGCAAUAUCGAGUUCUUCAGCCAGGCCGGUGAACCGACAGAAGAGUUCUAUCGCAACGUGAACCAAGAGUUCUCGGACGACAUGGGCUUCGAACCGGCGAGUCCACCGGCACCCUGUCCGGAAGCGGUACCGUUCAAUGGUGGCAAGUAUCUUGCGUCGUCCUCCAGCGAGAGCCCUAUGAUGACUGCCCGACGACACAACAACAAUGGUGGACGUGGUGGCUAUGUAGGGCAACAGCAGCACCAUCUGCAGAUGCAGCAGCACCAUCAGCAGCAACUGUUGCAACAUCAACAACAACAGCAACAACAACAGCAGCAGCUACACGGACAGAACAGUGUCGAGCACAGUUCCGACGACAGCGAUUGCGAUUGUGGGAAUGGAAGCAAUGAAGGUCGGUGGGUACCGCGAACGAAACCACGCUCGCGGAGUCGCUCGAAAUCGACCGAUCGUAAGUACAACCGGAAUCUCAUACGAUAAGGCAAA